AUGUUUGUUUUGGCUUCUAAACUGCGGACUCUUAAACAACGAAUUCGGGUUUGGAACAAAGCUGAGUUUGAGGAUGUAAACAUAAUGGUGGAGAAGUCAUUUGAUGAUUUGCAUAUAAUUCAGCAAGAAAUUGCUAGCUCGGGUCCUUCUGAUGACUUGCUUUCCAGGGAGAGUGUUACCAGUGCUCAAGUUCAUGAGGCUCUUUUGCUUCAAGAGAAAUUUUUAUGUGAUAAAUCAAGGAUAAAAUGGCUUACUGAAUGUGACCGAAACUUUUCUUUCUUCCAUGCAAUGGUUAAAGUCCGACAUCUUAAUCAGUCAUUAUCAACUAUGAGAGAUGGAAAAAGUAUUAUUGAUGACCCAAAAGAGAUAAGUGAUCAUGUGAUGGUUUUGGUGGAAUUUUUUAUUAUGAAGUGUUGGUCAGUUGUUGGUGCAGAUGUAGUCCAAGAUGUUCAGAGUUUUUUCAAUAUUGGAUACAUUCUCCCCCACUUCAAUUCAAAUUUAAUGAUCUUGAUUCCUAAAGUCCCUGGAGCAGACAUCGUAACGCAGUUGCGUCCUAUUGCUAUGGCGAAUUUUAUUUUCAAGCUUAUCACAAAGAUUUUAGCUGACCGUUUGGGAAGUAUUGCUACUCGGAUUAUUUCACCCAACCAAAGUGUUUUUCUUAGAGGCCGCACUAUUACAGACCCCAUUAUGUUGACUUCAGAAUGCAUUAACCUCCUGGAUCGUAAUUGUAAGGGCGGUAACAUUGCAAUUAAGUUUGAUGUGCAAAAGGCAUUUGACACGCUUGAUUGA